AUGAACGAGAUUCCUCGAAUGGAGAACAAGUCUCAGGGCAUGGACGUCCUGCCACCCUUGCCAGGUGAUCCGCGUGUAGCGAUGGGAGACACGAAUCAAACAAUCACAUUCAAGGAGAAUACAAGCCUCGCGCUUCAGCAGGUCCAGAAGCACCACCAGAAGCCGAGCAAGCAGGACAAGGAGUACUGCGACAAGUGGGUUCACGAAGGUGUGUGUGCCUUUACCCAGCAGGGAUGUCGGUACAAGCAUGAGAUGCCAUACGACAAGGCAACUCAGCAGUCGCUUGGUCUGUUCCACGGCCUGCCGGCCUGGUGGAAGAGGAAGCAGGCGGAGAUGCAUCGCCAGCAGGAGUCCAAGAACGCCGCGAAGCGCCGCACCUUGUCUAACCCGUACCAGGCAGGGGCACCGGCUCUUCUGGAGGCGCCUCCUCCCGCGGAUGGGGUAAAGGCCUGUUCUGUGCCUACUGCUAGUACCCCUUGGAACAGUGGCUCGUGGGAGGGGCGUGCGAGCGUGAAAGAUUUGGCGAAGCAUUCGGAUUAUGCUCUUUCGACUGGCCCGUAUCGAUGCCCUUACGGUGCCAUCCAACCACCUUCUGGAUGCCGCAAGCAGCAGUUUAGUCGGCCAUAA